GUUAUGGACAUGCCUUUCGCAAUCCACCGGUACCAGCGAAAGAGGAUUUUGAGCAUCUCAAUAAUAUUCAUCAGUCUACAUCACUAAGUAUCACAGUGGAGAUGAAGGGUACAUGAACACGAAGAACAUUUGGCUGACUUCAAAGUUGAAUUGUAUUUCUGUUUUCAACAUAACUUUUGCAAAAUACCAACUAGAAUAUAUUCUUUCGAAUAUUGUUGGCUUUGGCAACCGAUUUGGCUUAGUAUAUAUACUACGUGUGUUGAACUUGAAAUUAUAUUUGUAAAUUUUGAGAAGACCGCUUUCUUCUUAGAUGAACGUUAUUAAUGAUAUCAUCAUCAUAAGCAUCAUCAUUUGAAACCGCUAAAUGAGUUAAGGUAGAUCUGUUGUGCAUCUUUCAUUCUUCAACGAACACUAUGUUCAAUGCAUCCAAUGGUGUGAAGUAAUUAGUUUACAAAAAGGAUAGCAACACGAUUUCCCACGAUAUACAAGUGGACAAGAAUACAUGAAAUCUAUAUCAACAAUGGAUACCACUUUGCCAACUACACAAUCGGUAGGUCUGAAUGAUCAAGCUGACUAUAAUGACUCUUAUUCUUUUUAUGGACUAAUGUACGAUUACAGCACAUUCGACCCCGAUGGAAGCUUCUGUCAUUCUAAAGGGCCGAAAUUCGCGCGGGAUGCCACACUCCUGGGCAUUUUCUUCCUGGUUGGUUUCCUAGGAAACUGUUUUCUGAUGAUGGUGAUCUUGAGCAACCCGCGCUUACGAACAUCAGCCAAUAUACUUCUGACGAACCUUGCAAUGGGUGAUUUGCUUUACGUGAUGGUAUCUGGACCUUUCUUUCUGGAGCAUGAACUACAUUCAUGUUGGCAGUAUGGACUAGCCGGAUGUAAACUGGUCAACUUCACCCAAGUAAUGGUGCAAGGAGUUUGCGUCUACACCCUUACUGCUCUUAGUAUUGAACGUUACUCGGUAUUGGUCCGAGGUGGUACCAUCAGACACGGCGGUCGUAUGCGAAGAGGGAUUCUCUCUGCCGUCACCGUUUGGUUCAUUGCAGCAGUCGUGGCGUCACCGAUCUUGGUCUACGCAUACGUAUCUGGUGGAAGUUCACCAGUAUGUCAUUACAUACAGAACUUCACCCGAACGGCAAAGGUUUAUGAGGUCGCCAGAGCAAUGGUUAUGUACCUCUUGCCGUUGGUCAUCAUCACCUUCCUCUACACAGUUAUUGCACAAACUCUCUUGAAGAGUGCAGGAGCGUUUGCCGGUGAAACCCAACCAGGAGCCAGACACUUCUCAGCGCGAAGACGACUGGCACUCACUGUCCUCAUCCUAGCGUUGUUCUUCGGUAUCUUUUGGCUCCCGUACUACAUCUUCAUCGUUUGGUUCCAGCUUGAUCACUCUUCGCUCGUCCACAUGACCGGUGUUGCUGAAUUUCGGAAUAUCUACUACUUUUCGGCACUGGCUAACUCUUGCCUCAAUCCGAUUAUUAUAUUUUCCAUGAGCACGAGUCACAGGAGGGCUUUGUUGAUAUGUGUGAGGUGCAGGAAAGCAGAGAACCCGACUAGUGUGGCCCACACGCGGUCCUUGGCCAAUGGAAUUCCUGGAGAGAAAGUCAAGCAGCCUAUCGAUAGCAGAUCGGGUUCCAGAAAUACCAGGUGUACAGAACUAUAGCUUCAAACACAGAUAAGUUUAUCAAAACAAGAGAGCAGGACAUUAUACAUUUAAAGUAUCAUUUACUUAUAUUUCAAAAUUAAUUUCAUUCAAAUGUGUACAAUUUUCGUUUUCAUUAAUGCGUUCAUGUUACUCGUAUUGAAUAUCUGUCUGUUAUUUUUUCUGUCAUCAUCAAUAGCUUUAACAUUAUUUUGGAUAUGUGCACAAAAUACCUUUUCUUUUCUUCGAGCUGAUAAGAGUUUACCUUAAGAACUCGCGUCAAAUUAGAAGAGCAGUAUUUCUAUUAGUUCAGUGACAUGACUAUAAAUUUCAUUCGUGAAUAAGAAUUUUGUCUAAAUUUACUAUUUCUGAAUUAUCUUCAUGAAGCGCGAAUGUUUUUGUCCAAGAUUUCUAUUAACUGUUUUAUUAUGAAUAUUAUGUUGAGAUCUAGAUUCAAACGAAUAUACUCAUCAAUGCAUGUGCAGACAAAUCGUUUUAUCAACACGUCUUCAUCGUCUACUUCAACUUAUAGUGUACAGUGGCGGAUCCAGGGGGGUGGCGCAGGGGGCGCGCGCCCCCCCUAAUAUUUGAGCGGCGCCGAAGGCGCCGCUCAAAAAAAAUAAAAGAAAAGUAAAAGAAAGAAAAGGCGC